CGAUCGUAGCGUCCUCUUGUGGCACUAAUGCUUUACAUUAUCCAUUUUCUACAAAGAGCAACAUGGCGGCGUCAGGUUAUGAGGGGCACAUGUCUAAAAGAUUGAAAACUGACGAACAUGGAUUUCAUGGAUAUGGUCAAAGGGAUAAAUUUGAUGACCCCCACAAGCCACCACCAUCAGCAGUUGUACAUGUACGAGGUUUAUCUGAUGCUGCUAUUGAAGGAGACUUGGUUGAAGCAGUACAGCAUUUUGGUGGAGUGAGAGAUGUCAUUAUGAUGCCAAGGAAAAGACAGGCUCUGAUUGAGUUUGAGGAUGCAAUGUGUGCCAGAAAUUGUGUGGAAUAUUCACAAACCUCACCAAUUAAUGUUGCUGGUAGUGCAGCAUUCUUUAAUUAUUCUACAAGUCAAAAGAUUCAAAGACCUGGAGAUCCAGAAGACAGUCAACAAGCCAAUCAUAUUUUAUUAUUUACGGUUUUAAAUCCUCAAUAUCCCAUUACAGUGGAUGUAAUGCACACUAUUUGUAGUUCCUAUGGUCAAGUAUUGAGAAUUGUUAUCUUCAAGAAGAAUGGUGUUCAGACUAUGGUUGAAUUUGAUAAUGUAGAUUCUGCUAAAAGAGCUAAAGCCUCCCUGAAUGGAGCUGAUGUCUAUUCUGGUUGUUGUACUUUGAAAAUAGAAUAUGCAAAGCCGACCAGACUGAAUGUUGUGAGAAAUGACACUGAAAGCUGGGAUUAUACUCAGCCAAACUUAGGAAAGGAACACAGUGGAGGUCACUCUAGAGGUCAACCCUUGUUACAAGAACCACGUUAUGGUAGUCAACCUGCUCCAUAUAAUGGUCCAGCUGAUGUUGCUGGAGGUGGUGGUGGUGGUGGUGGAGCUGCUGCACAUGGUGGUGCAGGCUAUGGUGGUCGUGGUGGUGGAGGAGGUGGUUAUGACCAAGGUGGUUAUUAUGACCAUGGACAAAAUGAAGGGUUUGAUACCUAUAAUGGACCUCCAUCUGGUCCACCUCGUGGUGGACCUGGUGGUCCUCCUCCAGCAAGAUAUGGUGGUCCUCCAGAAAGAUAUGGUGGUCCUCCUGGUCCACCCAAGCAUAGAGGUGGUUAUGAUGAUAGAGGUCCUGGAGGUUAUGGUCCUCCUCCACCAAGGAACUUCCAACAGUAUGAUCAGGGUCCACAAGGACCUCCAUCUAAUUAUAAUGGUGGUUCAGUUGUCAUGGUGUAUGGAUUGAGUAACAAGAUGAAUUGUGACAAAGUUUUUAAUCUCUUCUGUUUGUAUGGUAAUGUUAUUAGGGUAAAGUUCUUGAAGAGUAAGGAAGGAUCUGCUAUGGUACAGAUGGGUGAACCAGUUUCUGUUGAAAGAGUAAUGGCCAAUUUACAUGGAACUGUGUUCUUUGAUAACAAACUACAAUUGACCCAUUCCAAACAAGCUUUUCUACAGGAUGUUAGAACUCCUCAUGAGUUAGAAGAUGGUACACCAUCAUUUAAAGAUUUUAUGGGAUCACGAAACAAUAGAUUUACUAAUCCUGAGGCUGCCCAGAAGAACAGAAUUCAUGGACCAUCGAAAGUGCUACAUUAUUUUAAUGCACCACCCGGGUUAACUGAAGAAGAGAUUAAUGAAAUGUUUACCAGUAAAGAUUUAAAGAAACCAACUACAGUCAAAAUAUUCCCUGCUAAGUCUGAAAGAAGCUCUACUGGUUUGAUAGAAUUUGAGAAUAAAGGGGAGGCUACUGAAGGUCUAGUUGUAUGUAAUCAUACUUCAUUACCUAAUCCUGUUGAAGGAAAAGGUCCAUAUAUAUUCAAGUUGUGUUUCUCUUCCACACCUAUUUCUGGUAAAGAAUAAGCAUCCAACUUUUUUCAACCCCCUUUCAUUAGAUCUUGUGCUUAUAUCAUCCAAUCAAAAUCAAUGUUCAGUCAUAUUUUACACCUUGUUAGUAUUGUCAUGUUUUUAUCAUUGAACUUGUGAUAACAUACAUUACUUUGAUUCCUUGGUUUGUGCUUUUGUGAAUAAUCAACUCAUUCACUGAUGACAUCUGAAAAGCUGAAAGAUGCCCUCAGGAUCAUGCACCUUUGUAAAUUGUAAAGAGAAUCAGACUGUAAUUUUAAGGUGCAUCUUUCAGAAAUUUUAAAACCAUGAAUUUAUUGUCCAACAUCUUUCAAAUUUUAUGUAUGUUAUUAUAGUAAUAUUUUAGUGUAUUUUAUCUAGUGUAAAACUUGUCUUUAAGAAUGUAUAUAGAUCAUACUGGAUGUUGUAAGGUCAAGUUUAUGAAAUAAAUGGCUUCUAGUACUAAUACAU